GUUUGUUUUCCUGGCGGCGGAGGGCAGAUUCGUCCGGCCCCAGGCCGCAAACGUGCUGGUGAGCCUCGCGACCAUCCACACCAUUGGGUCUGGCUGCUGUGUUGCCAUGCGCCGCGUUGCCCAUCGUCGGCUGCUGGGUCAACUUCCCCCCGUCGUCGCCAUAUGACACCGCUCCUCCCAGUCUCCUACCCAUUCACCCACUCUGGACUGCGCCUUUGAAUCCUGCCGACUCUUUGGCGCUUUAUCCACCAGGCAGCUACAUUCGCACCCCUUCCUAACGCCGCUGCUACCUCCGUCUUGCUAGCAGUUGAAAAGGCGCCGCGUUGGCCUUAGCAACCAUGGCUGUCAAAGACUCGCCUUACCUGCGCCCUACCACGCCGCAGACCAUGGAUGCCCGCUCCCUUGCGUCGAGCGACAAGCCGCCCUCGGUGGCCGAGAAGAACGAUGCUCUCGACACCACCAUGCCCACUGCCGCGUCCGAGACCGCCUCUCGCAAAGAGCGCCACUCCAUCUCUGCCGGCGGCCCUGUCGAGUUGUCCAACCUCGAGCAAGCUCUCGAUGAGACGAAUCCUCAGGAGGAAGAGGAGGAGGAAUGGCCCAGUUCUUGGAAGCUCACAUUCAUCACCAUUGCGCUGUGUCUGUCCGUCUUUUGUAUGGCGCUGGACAACACGAUCAUCGCGACUGCGAUUCCGCGCAUCACAGACCACUUCAAGGCCCUUGAUGACGUGGGUUGGUACGGCUCCGCGUACCUACUCACCACCUGCGCCUUCCAGCUCGUCUUCGGCAAGCUGUACACGUUCUUCAGCAUCAAGUGGAUCUACCUCGGCGCGCUGUUCAUUUUCGAGCUGGGCUCCUUCAUUUGCGGCAUUGCGCCUACGUCCAAUGCCUUGAUCGUGGGCAGAGCCGUGGCUGGCCUAGGUUCUGCUGGCAUCUUCUCCGGUGCCAUCUUGAUUGUUAGCAAGACAGUGCCGCUGCACCAGCGCCCGACGUAUACGGGUCUGAUCGGCGCCAUGUAUGGAAUUGCGAGUGUCGCGGGCCCGCUCAUGGGAGGCGCCUUCACUGACAAGGUUACCUGGCGUUGGUGCUUCUACAUCAACUUGCCAUUCGGACUCAUCACAGCAAUCUUCAUUUUCUUCUUCUUCAAGUCCCCCAAGGUCGUCAAGGCCAGCGCCGUCGGAUGGAGAGCUAAACUCCGCGAAUUUGAUCUCUACGGCACGAUCCUCUUCCUCCCCGCCAUCGUGAGCCUCUUGCUGGCACUCCAAUGGGGCGGCUCCAAGUACGCGUGGGGCAAUGGCCGCAUCAUCGGGCUGUUCAUCGUCUUCGGCGUCCUGAUUAUCGGCUUCAUCGCGAUCCAGAUCUGGAAGGGCGAGCACGCGACAGUGCCGCCCCGCGUCUUCAAGAACCGCACUGUCUGGUCCAGCGCGUGGUUCGGCGCGGCGCUGGGCGCGGCCUUCUUCAUCCUUGUGUACUAUCUGCCCAUCUGGUUCCAGGCCAUCAAGGGCGCCUCAGCCGUGAAAUCCGGCAUCAUGAACCUGCCGAUGAUUCUCUCGCUUGUGAUCGUUUCGAUAAUCGCGGGCGUCUCUGUCACCAUGAUCGGGUACUACGUGCCGUUCAUGCUGGUGUCAUCGGUCUUCAUGGCCAUAGGCGCAGGGCUGCUCACGACUUUCGACACCGACACCACGCACUCGCACUGGAUCGGGUACCAAGUGCUGUUCGGGAUGGGCGUGGGCUUCGGGAUGCAGCAGACGCUGAUCGCGGUGCAAGCAGCGCUGCCGGCGGCAGACAUACCCAUCGGCACCGCCAUCAUGAUGUUCAGCCAGACGCUGGGUGGCGCGCUCUUCAUAUCCGUCGGCCAGAACGUGUUUACGAACCAGCUGAUCAAGAACGUGAGCAAGGCGAUUCCGGAGGGCGGCGCGGGCUUGCAGGCCUUGGUGCUCGCGACCGGCGCUACCGAGAUCCAGAAGGUCAUUGGCAGCAGGUUUCCCCAGUACCUGGAGGGCGUGCUGACGGCGUAUAACAACGCCCUCACUGAGACGUGGUAUGUCAGUGUCGCGAUGGGCAGUCUGAGCUUGCUGGGCGCUGUGUUCGUCGAGUGGGUCAGCGUCAAGGGCAAGAAGCUGGAGAUGGGGGCUGCGUAAGCUUCUGAACGACGGCGGUUGUGAUGGUGGUAGUUGUGUGGGCGGCAGUUUUCCCUUUCUUCAUCUGACUUCUUCCCUCUACGUUGCUUUAUUCUGCAUCCUGCCGCCCCUUGACUCGCUUUCAAAACCCCUCCCCCCGCUUUCUUAUACCCCGCGACAAACUCCACUAUUCUGUUGCAUGCUGACUUUGAUAAUUAUGAUACUCCACUCUACAUCACCGGCAUCACCACUGGUUGGCAUCCGGCGUAAUUGCUUAGAUAGGAGCGAGGUAGUUAGACGAAAAUAAAAAUGCGUGUGCUUGCUUGCAUGCAACGUACCUAC